CCUCUCCAUAUCCCGAGCCCCACAUCCACCCCACCUUCCUCUCUCCCUUGGUCCCUUCUUCUGUGUCCUUUCUCCCUCCGUAGGAAGGGAAGGGACCCGCGGCCUCGCAACACCACCACCCCAAACACCGCUCUCGCGUCUCCGGCCCGCAUGGCUCUCCGCCUCCCCCUCCUCCUGCUCCUUCUGGCCGUAGCCUCCGUGGCCACGCCAUCGGCCGUCGCCACUGCCGAUCCCGAUGUCCAGUGGGGACUCGUCCGCGUCGACGGCGGAGACGCCGCGGGGCUCGGGGCCUCGGCUCCCACCUGCGACGGCCUCGUAGGGGAGUGCGUCGACGAGGACGACGAGCCCGACAUGGAACCGGAGGACGCCCGCCGCUUCCUGUACCGUGCCCACGGCCGACAGAGGUUCAUAAGCUACGGCGCGCUCUCCCGCGACCGCGUCCCCUGCAACCGCCGCGGCCAUUCCUACUACAACUGCAGGAGAAGCGGGCGGGCCAACCCUUACCGCCGCGGCUGCAGCGUCAUCACCAGGUGCGCCAGGUACCUCGACUGAGCCCUGCGACGAAGAAGGUGACAGCGAGACGUUCCUCCAUAUUAAUUACCGUCGCCAAUAUGUGAUGUUACCAUCAUAUUAUGUAACUACGUUCUCAUGCAUGUUAUACGCGAGUGCAAUGUCUUAAAUCUUUCCUUCGAGUUAUAAUUC